CGUGCUUGAAAGAACAGAGAAGCAACGCGGGAAAACUCCAUCACAGUCACGACCGAGCAUAAUGCCGGAGCUACCGGAGGUAGAGGCGGCGAGAAGAGCGGUGGAAGAGAACUGUAUCGGAAAGAAGAUAACCAAAUGCAUCGUCGCCGAUGAUAACAAAGUCAUCGACGGUGUCUCUCGCGAAGAGUUCGAAGCUUCCGUUGUUGGGAAGAAGAUUGUUGCAGCUCGCCGGAAGGGGAAGAAUAUGUGGCUUCAGCUUGAUUCUCCUCCUUUUCCUUCCUUUCAAUUCGGUAUGGCUGGUGCUGUAUACAUCAAGGGUGUUGCUGUAACAAAGUAUAAAAGGUCUGCUGUAAAUGACGAGGAUGAAUGGCCUUCCAAGUAUUCAAAGUUUUUUAUUCAGCUAGACGAUGGUUUGGAGCUGUCUUUCACCGACAAAAGGCGAUUUGCUAGAGUUCGCCUGCUCAAAGAUCCGACAUCAGUGCCUCCCAUAUCUGAGCUUGGACCUGAUGCACUUUUUGAUUUCAUGACACUUGAUGAGUUUACUGAGCGUUUGCACAAGAAGAAAACUGAAAUCAAGGCUUUAUUACUAGAUCAAAGCUAUAUUUCAGGCAUUGGAAAUUGGGUUGCAGAUGAAGUGCUGUACCAAGCAAGGAUUCAUCCACGGCAGAUAGCUUCUAGCCUAUCAGGAGAAAGCUGCUCAACUUUAUAUAAGUGCAUUAAAGAGGUUGUCGAAAAAGCAGUUGAAGUUGGGGCAGAUAGUAGUCAAUAUCCCACUAAUUGGAUAUUUCAUUCCCGUGAAAAGAAGCCCGGCAAAGCUUUUGUUGAUGGGAAAACGAUUGAGUUCAUCACUGCAGGUGGCAGGACAACUGCUUACGUGCCAGAGUUGCAAAAGCUAAGUGGAUCACAAGUGCUAAAAGAAACUGGCAAGCUCAGAGGGAAAGCCUCAAAGAAAUCAAGUGUAGAUGAUGAUAACAAUGACGGCGCUGACGAGAAUUUGGAAAGUCUCAAAUCAAAGAAGGGGACGAAGGCAGGAGCUAAAGCUAAGAAACCUUCAAAAAGAAAAAAGACCGAGGAAAGUGACGAUGACAAUGAUGGUGAUGCUGGUACUGAUAAUUAUGAUGAUAGCGAUCAAGUUGAAAAGAAGAAACCAGGCUCGGGGACUAAUAGGAAACAAGCUAAGGGAGAGAAGCAAUCAAAGAAAAGUGUUCAAGGCAAUCAAAGUAGUAGAAGUACUAGGAGUAAAGCUAAGUAGCAACUUUUGGGCUUAGAAUUGUUUUUUGGCCAUGGCUGUGUUCCUACUCUGCUCUAGAACAACAGAAGGAUGGUUUAUCAUGUUCCUGCAGCAUAGAUUCGCAUGAUAACGUUUUGGUUUUAUUAUCUGUUGGUCGGUUUUGCUUCAACAAGUUACGACUAUUAUAUGAUAAUUUAGUUUCCACAUGCUAACAAGACAAAGGUUGGAUGCCUUCAGUUUUUUGCAACUAAAUGCUAAUGUUAACGUCUUUUAAACAGGAUAAUUUUCAGGCUUAAAAAAUAUUUUUGGUCUA